ACAAUUAUUUCCCUCCAGAAAAGAGUCCAUUUACUACGUUCCCGCCUUUUCUUUCUCCAUUCUUCGCAGAACACCGUCAAGGCGGCCACGAUAAAGAACACUAUAGUGUUCCAGGUUUUUUCAUCAGUCACAGGCCAUGGACAUUUCAAAUCCUGCAGCAUUUGUAAACGCCGAGUUGCUACCCAAUUUCAUAGGGAAGAAAGUUCGAGCUGUGUUUCAAGUUCAUCAAUCUGAUGGUGCUGUUGCCAUUGGAAAAUCCACGGAUGACAGUCAGCUAACUGUGAAAGGGUUGCCACAAGUUCCUGCUAUGAAUUAUAUUGAAGUCAUUGGCAUUGCAGAGAGCAACCAAUUGAUUAAUGCUGAGAUAUGGACUGACUUUGGCAACACAUUCGACACUCAAUCGUAUAAUAAAUUAUGCCAGCUUGCAAAUGGGGAAUUCAAAAGUCUCUUUCUGUAGAGAUAUCGACAGAUGCUGGAGAAGAGGCCAAAAUGGUAAGGAGUUGCAGCUUUCAAGCUAAAGAACCUUUUAGCAUCCGAGUAUUUAUGAGGAUUUAAGAAAUGCGCUUGUUCUAAGAAGAGCAGUAGUUUCAUUGCUAUGUAGAAAAUGUGUUCCAUGUUUGAAAUCCUUCUAACUUGUCUCUUUGCUAUAUGUAGUGCUUAAAUUUUA